CCUAACCACAGGAGCUGAGCCGUCCUGCGUUUCUGCUCUGCUCCUGCUGCCCCCUGGGCUCCGUGCAGCCCCGCGUCACAAUGGGGCAUGGCGCCGGGACACGCCGGCGCUUGUGACCUCAGCGGGCCAGUGCCUGCCGAGGGAAUGGCUCCGCCAGAGGGAAUCCUCUCAUCCGAGGAGAUCUGCCUGGAGUGGCAGCAGAGACAGGGCCCUGGAGCUGGCCUCUACAACAUGGGCGAGACCUGCUUCAUCAACUCUGUCCUGCAGUGCCUGACCUACACCCCCCCUCUGGCCAACUACUUCCUCUCCGGGCUGCACAGGCGCUCCUGCCAGCAGCAAGUCUUCUGCAUGAUGUGCACGAUGGAAGCACACAUCUGUGACGUCCUGCAGGCUGCAGGCAGCAUCCUGGAGCCCCUGAGUGUCCUCGAGAGCCUCCAGUGUGUUGGAGAUCUGUUCCUGGAUGGCAGGCAGGAGGAUGCACACGAGUUCUUCUGCUUCCUGCUGAUGGCCAUGCAGGCAGCGUGUCCAGCUGAGAGCAGCAGCCUGGAGCUCUGCUUGCCCUCCAGGAACAUCAUCCAGCAAAUAUUCGAGGGCCUUCUGAGAUCCAGACUCACCUGCCUGAGCUGCGACGCUGCCUCCGAUUCCUACGAGCCCUUCCUGAAUGUCCCUUUGGAUAUCGGGGGAGCCUCAUCUGUCAGCGCAGCUCUGCAGGCCUUCGUGCAGCCGGAGCUGCUGGACGGAGCAAACUGCAUCAGAUGCAGGAGCUGUGACACUGUGGCUGCAGCCUCCAAGGGGUUCAGCAUCCAAGACGCGCCCCCGGUCCUGACGCUGGCUCUGAAGAGGUUUGGCAUGACCGGCAGAAAGCUCAGCAAGGCUGUGGUGUUCCCCCUGAGCCUGGACCUUCGCCCAUACAUGUCCCAGGCACGGGGAGAGCCGUGCCUGUACAGCCUCUACGCUGUGCUGGUGCACAGAGGCGGCGGCAGUGCCAGCGGGCACUACUUCUGCUACGUAAAGGCCAGCAACGGGCUGUGGUACCGGAUGGACGACACCUCCGUGACGCCCUGCGCCGUGGGCACCGUGCUGCGGCAGCAAGCCUACCUGCUGUUCUACGUCAGGUGCUCUGCUCCAGGCACUGCAGAGAGCACUGCUGCAUCUCCAGCGUCACCACAGGCAGAGCACCUUAGUGCCUGUGAGGCUGGCAGUGGGCAGCUGGCUUCUCCCCACUGCCAGAGAGGCAACGGCGCCAGGAAGAGGCUGCGGAGCAGAUCCUCGCAGCAGGACAAUGAUCCCUGUGGCAGCGCUUCCACGGACACCACAGGCUGCAGCCCACCAGCAGGGAGAAGGAGGAGGACUGAUCCUCCAAACCCUGACGGUGCUCCCGGGGAAGUAGCAACAGCAGCUCCUUCCCCUGACAGCCCCCUCCCCUGA